AUGAAAGGGAAGUCUUCAGCUCUCAACACUGUCUACUCAAAAAUCUGUGCCUCUGUAAUCUUUAACAGGCACAGUCGUGCAUCAAGGCGGAAGCCCCCAAAGGGUAGGUCGACUCGGGAGGCAGGCCAACCACGGCCUUGGUCUCCCCGUGAGACCAAGGGCAGGCCGGUGGAGGCUCGGGCCAAGUCGCCCCGCAUCCCGAAGCUCCCGGAGACCAGCGGCCGCUCAAUUCCUCACCUUGACCGACCUCGCCGAGUUAAGACAGGCGGACCUCCGCGGAGGAGAGCAGCCUCCCGCCUCGCGUCGGCCACAGGCCCAGCAGAGUCCAGGCGCUCAGGUGCAGCGUUCGCCGCCUCCGCGCGCCCUCGAGGCCGGGACCGACAGGAAGGAGCGGAGCCGCAGCCGCGGCCGGGCCGCCUCUCCGCCUCUCUUUUCCGGAGAAGCGAGUCCGACGCGCGCCUCCGUCCCUCGCGCUCCCGGGCCCGCGCCGCGCGCCCCUCCUUCGGGCACCUGGAGCGCGAGACCGCAGCCCCGCCCGCCCAGCGGCCUUGCUCGCGCCCGCCCAGCCCGCGCCCUGCGCCCCCCCUGGGCCGCCAGCGUCGCCCGCCCCUUCCUGCGAGAGCCACGGAGGCUGCCCGGCUUCCGCCGCGUCACCCUGGAGCCUCGCAGGAGGUGGAGCUGCGCGGCCGGCACAACAGAAGUCGCAUUUCGCUGGAGCAGGAAACAGAUGAUAAAGGCUACUUUGCAACCAAAGAUAAUGGACCUGGGAAUUCUGAAAACAUUUCUGACAGCCUACAGAAAAAUUACCUUAAAACACAAAGAAGGCAGGAAACUCUAGGAACAGAAGGUUAUAUCAGUGAGCAAGAUGAAGAUGUAGUCCAAAGACAGACCACUCUGCCCCAAGGAAAGAGCACAGUUAUCAAUGAAGAGGAGUUGAGUCAACUGGCAGUGAUCAAGUCAAAAGGUGGCCUACGACAUAAUGCCAGUAACCUAAUCCAGAAGAUUCAAAGACAAAUUGAAGAGCAAGAGGUCCUGAAGGAGUUUUUGAGUUUAGAACACCUGAAGCCGCUGGAUGACUGCCAGGUUGCCAAAGCACCAGAAAACCGGGAAAAGAACAGAUACCGAGAUAUUCUCCCAUAUGAUGCCACCCGUGUUCCCAUUGGACAGAUGAAGGACUACAUCAAUGCCAGUUACAUUCGUAUGCCAGCAGGCACAGAAGAGCUCUUUUACAUCUCCACCCAGGGUCCUCUGCUUUCUACCACAAACGACUUCUGGCAAAUGGUCUGGGAAAACCGCUCCAAUGUCAUUGCUAUGAUUACAAAAGAAAAGGAGCAUGGAGUAUCCAAAUGCCAUCAAUACUGGCCUGAGCCUCCUCACAAUUCUAUGGAUUUACUUCACUUUCGCCUGCGACUACUCAACUACCAAAUCCUGGAUUAUUUUGUCAUUAGAAUCAUAGAAAUGAUGAACAAACAGACACAGGAAAGACGCAUUGUGCAGCAUCUCCAAUUUACAGACUGGCCAGACCACAGUACUCCCAAAUCAUUACAACAUCUAGUUAAAUUUGUUCGCUACAUGAGGAAAAUCCACCAGUCAGGCCCAGUCAUUGCACACUGCAGUGCUGGGAUUGGAAGAAGUGGAGUGCUGCUUUGUGUGGAUAUUGUGUUGACUUACAUAGAAAAGGAUUUGUAUUUUGAGAUCAAACAGAUAGUGACCCAUCUGAGAAAUCAGCGCUUUGGAAUGAUCCAAACCAAGGACCAGUAUAUGUUUUGCUAUGAAAUAGCUCUUGAAGCCCUGAAAAACGUUCAGAGGAAGGAUUCCCAGUAA